UAUGUCUUUGCGUAUGUAUAUGUAUAUGUAUAUAAUUUUUUAUUGUUUGCCUCCAUCUCCAGAGAGCAAGGGCGGAAGAGAGGGCCGCACGCUCCAGCCGAGCGUCGCGGAUCUGAACGGGUCGAAGGAGGCAAUUUUGCGAGUGGGGGAGGGAGGGGGACCUCGAUUUCCACCAAUCCCCGGGCGUUUGUCUGCGAAGUCCGGGGCGCAGCGGAAGGCUGCGGCGCGCUGCUGAAUUAACUGAUGAGAGCGAAUUCUUUUCUUCUCCGGGAGAGGUGGGGAGCGAGGGUCCUGGCUGACGAGGCGGAGAAGCCCGAGACGGGGUAGCGGUCCCGGGCCGCGGUGGAAAUUUCCAAGGACUUGGCGCGGCGCGGAGAGCGCGUCUGGAGGGCGGGGGGUGCCUGGCAGCGCGGGAGGCGGGGAGAGACGGCGAAGGGCGCAGGAGCAUCUCUCAAACGGGGACGGCGCGGACCAAACGUCUGGGAGGGAGCCCAGCGGCUCCCUGGACCCAAGCGGAGAACGACAGUGAUGCUGCAGAACAUAGGGGGUACGAUUCGCCGCCGUCUCUCUCCGCGCUCUCGGAGACCCCCAAUGCCCGCCUUCUUCAGGGGAAGCGACCAUGGCCACAGCUUGUGACUUUGCCCCUAGCCACUUCCCUUAGGAAAAAAAAAAUCCUUGAAAAAGUUGCAUUUGAAAAAUCCUUGUUCCGACCUUUGGGGCCGCGAGGGCUGAAGAAGCGUUUGUGCAAGUGCAAGCAAGAAAGUGAAAGCUGUGUGUGCAUGGGGGGCCGGCGGUGGGGGCGCCCUCCGCUGCCACUUCGCCUAGCAUCGUGCUGAGGCUCUGGUCUUCGCCCCCGGCCCCUCACCCCGGGACCCUGGGGCUGCGAUGAGCCCCUGCGGGCGGGCCCGGAGACACACGUCCAGAGGGGCCAUGGCUGUACUGGCGUGCAAGUUCCCGCGGACCCGGCUGCCAGUGGGAGCCAGUGCCCUCUGCGUCGUGGUCCUCUGUUGGCUCUACAUCUUCCCCGUCUACCGGCUGCCCAACGAGAAGGAGAUCGUGCAGGGGGUGCUGCAACAGGGCACGGCGUGGAGGAAGAACCAGACAGCGGCCAGACUUUUCAGGAAACAGAUGGAAGACUGCUGUGACCCCGCCCAUCUCUUUGCUAUGACUAAAAUGAAUUCUCCCAUGGGGAAGAGCAUGUGGUAUGAUGGGGAGUUUUUAUACUCAUUCACCAUUGACAAUUCAACUUAUUCUCUCUUCCCCCAGGCAACCCCAUUCCAGCUGCCCUUGAAGAAAUGUGCGGUGGUGGGAAAUGGUGGGAUUCUGAAGAAGAGUGGCUGUGGCCGUCAAAUAGAUGAAGCAAAUUUUGUCAUGCGAUGCAAUCUUCCUCCCUUGUCAAGUGAAUACACUAAAGAUGUUGGGUCCAAAAGUCAUCUCGUGACAGCUAACCCCAGCAUAAUUCGGCAAAGGUUUCAGAACCUCUUAUGGUCCAGAAAGACAUUUGUGGACAACAUGAAAAUUUAUAACCACAGUUACAUCUACAUGCCUGCUUUCUCUAUGAAGACAGGAACAGAGCCAUCCCUCCGGGUUUAUUACACGCUGUCAGAUGUCGGUGCAAAUCAAACAGUGCUCUUUGCUAACCCCAACUUUCUGCGUAGCAUUGGGAAGUUCUGGAAAAGUAGGGGAAUUCAUGCAAAACGCCUGUCCACAGGGCUCUUUCUGGUGAGCGCAGCCCUGGGCCUCUGUGAGGAGGUGGCCAUCUAUGGCUUCUGGCCCUUCUCUGUGAAUAUGCAUGAGCAGCCCAUCAGCCACCACUACUAUGAUAACGUCUUACCCUUUUCUGGCUUUCAUGCCAUGCCGGAGGAGUUUCUCCAACUCUGGUAUCUUCAUAAAGUCGGUGCACUGAAAAUGCAGUUAGACCCGUGUGAGGACACCUCACUCCAGCCCACCUCCUAGGGACAGUGGAAAAAGGAAAAACUAAGUCAGGGUAUUUUUGUUAGGUUUUCUAUAUGGUUGCAAAAGGAAAUAGUGAAGUCGUUUCAUGGAUUUGCAUGGGCCACUUGCAAACAACAACCAUGGAAAACUCUCCUUUUAAUGUUGGCUUGGAGGACAAAUAAGAAGUAAAACAUCCUAUGAAAUAUUUUGUGGCACAUUGUGGAUUUGCAACUAGUAACAGUCUGAUGAAAUCAUGCUGGUAAAGCACAUUCACAUGGUUUAAAUCGAGAAGGUGCAGUUCACAAAUAAGAUGGAACUUUAGUUGUUGAAGUUGAGGAGUCACUCAAUGUUAAUAAAGGGAAUACCAGGGCAAAGUGUUACUGAUUAUCAAUAUAAACUGGAUUAAUUUAAAAAACUACAUAUGAAAACUGACAUUGGAACCAUAGGUUUUUAAAACUUAUUAUUUAUUUUUGCUCUAUUUAGGGGCAGUGAGUAGAUGAUGAGAUAGAUUUGAAAAAAUCUAAGGAUAUAAAACACUGCAGCUGACUUUGUGAUUUGUUGAACCCAGUCUGUUAGCUAUAGUCUUCUUCCAUUUAAACAUGUUAACUAAGAAUUGCUUCCUCCCCUUUUGUCAGGUCUGCUUAGUGUGAAGCAUUGUUGAAUUUAGACUGUGUCGAUUCAUAGUCUGGAUAACAUGAAUCACUUCUCCUCCUCCUCAGAACUUAGGGCAUAAAUUCAAUUUUAGGUCUUCAUUUUGUAAACCUGUUUGAAUUAUUGUUAUUCUAGUGCAAAAAGACUACAAAUGUGAGUGCAUUAUUUAUUUGCAAACUCUUUGCAUAAUUGUCUUUAUAAUUUAAUGUUCCCAAUGGUGUAAGCUUAGUCUCUGAAGACAGACUGGAAGGUUCCCCCCUCUUCUAUCUACCAUGAUGUAUUCACUUUAAGAGAAAGCAUAUUCACACACACAUACACACACACACUCAAUUAAACAAAGCUCAUUCCUGUGCAACUAUGAAAGCUGAACCCACAUAACUUGGUAUUAAAAAAAACCCUGUAACCAGUAUUGGAGAGCUAUAAAGGUAUUAUGUACCACCCCUUAGACCCCAAUGUAAGAUAAGCCAGCUUAACUGGUUGCUGCUCACAGUGCUCAUACCAGCAUGAGAUGUAAGCCUUACUCCCAAAUGCUUACCCCAAAUGAACAGAAUUGUUUUGCUCAUUCUGAUUCCCUUGAGUGGACCCUGCGUUGAGCAUGCUCAUACAAAGCAGAUUCAUACAAGUGAAGGGAUGUGAGUUAGUAGCUAUCUAUUUUCUUAGUAGCAGGUAGGACAAUUUAGAAAGCCAAACUCCGACAAAUUACAAGCAGCUAGAUGUGUUUACAUAUCAGAGAAGGGUAAAGGAAGCCUUUCAUUGUCAUUGUUCUUUGGGAUGCCUUAAUGUAAAAGGAGACACUGGAAAUCAUCAUCUUUGUUUUUUUUUAAGUAUUGCCAAAAUUUAGGUAAACCGUGCCAAAAAGUUUCAUUUUUUAAAUGGUAGAAAUAGUACACAAUAUAGAUUAAAACAGGUGGCAGUUUUUGGUAAAUUAACUUAAAAGCUACCAAGAUAUCGAUGCCCUUGGAAAGUAUCUAUAUCAUUGGAAUAAGAAAUUUUCUAAGUAAGAUAAAAUUUUGAGGUUAUUAUAGGAAGCAGCAGUUGAAAUAUGUCUGGUUCACACAACAUGGAUUAUGUUAAUAUUUAGAAUGUUAAGAAUCUGAGAGUAUUGAUUCUGUGCAGAACUGAUUUGCUAUUUUGAUUCUAUGUGGCAGCAAAAUGUAGUGCAAAUGUACCAUUGAGUGAACUGUGUUAAAUACUCACUAUGUGCAAUCCUGAAUAUAGUUCCUCCUUUGAGCUGUUGUUAUUAAUAAUUACCUUAAAAGGGAAUACAUUUUAACCUAUACACUUCAUCAGAAAUAUAAAAGGGCUAAUGAAAAACACAUAAAUGUUAAUAAAAUAUUACUCAAAUUAGUGCUUUGUUAAAAUAUAAUUAAUGAGCAACAUAAAGCCAAUGAAUCACAGUUCCAUUGAAAGGAUGUUGGAAAUGUUACAUCUUGUAGUGACUCCUGAAAUGGAUUCGUGCAAUAGAUUUGUACAACUUUAAGUCCAUAAAUCUGUGGCUUCUGAAAGGCAAAACCAAAAUAUCCUAAACUCGGACCAGUGAUUCUCAAACAGAGUGAUUCUCCUUCUGCAUCUGGUGACAUUUUUGAUUGUCAUGAGUUGGAGGGUGUUACUGACAUCUAGUGGGUAGAAGCCAGGUAUCCUGCUAAGCCCUCAAAAUGCACAGGUCAGAUUCCUCACAAAUAAAGAAUUACCUAGUCUCACAUGUCAGUCAGUAGUGCCGAGGAUGAGAUACCCUGGAUUAGACCAAAAUAUUUUGAUUGUUCCAUAUUGUCUUCACUUGAGGAUACACACAUGUGAUUGUGUAAUUCAAAGUCUGACUACAAGUUAAUGAGAAUAUUUUCUUAGAUUGAAGUUUGGGAUGACUUUAUAGUGAUGAUUUACAGGUGUGGCAUUGUGUUUCCUUUUGUGUGGUUAGAUAGCUGUAACUAAACCUGAGACGGGGAGUGUGCGCUUGUGUGUGUAGAGUAAACUUACGCGUCUCUAUUGUUACUAAAAUAUAUGUGUUCCUAAGUGAGGGUCUGUCUAGAAUUGUCUUGCAGAGUACUUUGGAAUACUCUAUUAAGAAAUUGAGUUCUAAACUUUAAUCAUUUUAUUUUGUUUUUCUGAAAUUGAGGACCUCAGAAUUGUGCCUCAUACUUUGCCAAAUUUAGCCAAUUAUAUUUUUAUAUUAAUGACUCUUAAGAUUCAGCUCAGAAGAUAUUCAGGUUAUGGUAGACACAUUCAAUAAGAAAUAUUUCAUCACUUUCAAUGCAUCUGCCAAGAGAGGACGUCACUCUCAAAUAUCAGUCUAAUUUUUAAAGUUUUUUAGUGACAAAAAUUAGGUUGCUCCCUGGAGGCCAAAGCGGUGCUAAAAGGACUGAACAUGCCUUGCUGGUGAGACUUUCUAUCAGCUCCCAUUGGAAAAUUGCGUCAAUGCUAAGAAUCAUGAAUGAGGAUGACUUCUGGUUAAUUUUGAUUCCACUUUAGUAGAAUUAAGGUAGUUGAAGGAUUAACUCAUUCCAUAAGAAAGAAAAAAAAUAAUUUAGUUUUUUUAAUUUUUCAUUGAAUGUAUUGAGGUGACAUUGGUCAAUAAAAUUAUAUAGGUUUCUUGUGAACAGCCCUAUAAUACAUCAUCUGUAUAUUGUUUUGUGUGUUCAUCACCCCAAGUCAAAUCUCCUUCCAUCACCCUUCCCCUCUCCUACCUCCUUCCACCCCCUUCCCCUCUGGAAAUUACCAUGCUGUUGUCUGUGCCUGUGAGUUGGGAUUAAGCAAAAGUAAUACUAAUUAUAUAUGAAAGAUUUUUAUAUGGAAGAGGACAUUGGGCACAUAACCUUUGUAUAGACUAUUUGAUCAGCAGUUUAUACAAUAUUGUGCAUCCAAACUGCAAUUAACACUAGAAGUUAAACAGUGCUUCCUGAAUUCUGUUUCUGUUUAGUUUACUUUUAACUAUAGUAACAAAGGUAAAUGAUCCAAAAUGAUCCAGAUGAUCCCAAAUGUCAGAUGUUCGGACAACGCUCUCUGUGUUUGGCUUUGUGAUGUUUCAUGCCCUUCUUUUGGCUAAAACCUUUGCGUAGGUUAAAUACAAAUUAUACCUGAAGCAAUGGACAACAUGGCUUUAAAAUCUCGAAAAAUGGCUGAAGAAAUCCUAGAAUUCUAAAUUUACCAAAAAUAUUUUUAGAUGAGUCAAAAGCUGUAUAGAAGUAGUAUAAGUGAUUCUAGAUGGGAACAAUAUCAAUAGCAUCCUUCUUGGCAGCAACCAUGGUAUUGUGUACUUUAUUACUCACAAACUCGUACUUCUGUGUGUGGAAAAUCAGUCAUGGAUGGUUUUAAUUUGAUGUUUAAAAAUAUUGACAUUGUGGCAUUUUUAACUGACAAAUCCUUGUUAGGAGAGAUGUAAGAGGAAGAAAUGUCACAGUCCAUUGAAAACUGUACAAAAUUCUCAUUGUGUUAUAUAAGAACCAGGGAAUAUAUCUGUUUUAUAUUUGCAGGAUUCCAAAGAUCAAAGCUAUAAGGAUUUUUGUGGGAACUUUUCAAGGUAUGUGGAGAAAUAAGGACUGAGACCAAAUUGUGCUUUGUAUUCCUUCAUCUUCCCAGUGUAGAUAGAGGUUGACUCUCUGAUUACGUGACUGCUGAUGGGUAGACAUCAGGGCUGGAAGUGGGUGCACGACUCUGGGCACCUUUAACUCAGGCCAGGCCUCUAACCUCAUCAACAACAACUAUAAAUAUGACUAGCAGUUUUGACAAAGUUCAGUCUCCUGUGUGCUAGGGAGUGGAUGAAGCAAGAGGAAAAGAGGAGGCAGCCUUGCUCUCAAGCUCUCAGCAACAAAGGGUCAGAGAACUCUCUGCUUUUGACCUUCGCUUUCAAGUACUAUUUAUCUCUGUCCAAUCCCAUGGAAGCUGGGCUCACCCUGGAGUUGAGCUACUAGACUUGUGACAAGAGAGCUGUGGAAAUUUGCUGAGAAGCUUAAAAUUUUACACUGCCUUAGAUAGUUCUUUGUUGCUGUUGCUGAUUUUUUUUCCUCACACUUGUGCUCUCUAAAUUUGGGUGUCUUGUGACAGAAUGCUGGUCACCCUGACCUAAUUAUGUUCCUGCCAGUGAUUAUUAAAAGUGGAGCUUUUUCCCCCAUCGGGAUGGAUUUUCUGAGUCCUUGAAGGUAGGGAGAUAGCAAAUAUCCCACCAAUUCCUAUAGAGCAUUUUUUAAAGCCCUGGAGAUGAACCCAAAGGAAUCCUGGAGCCUAGCGUGUCUGUUUAUAAACUAAAUAUGAGGCCACAAUAUUUAGGUUAAACAAGUGGAAGAAGAUACAGAUAUAUGAAUCUACAAUUGCCAUAACCUUUUUUCUUCCCUUCCUAAGAAAAUGGAUACUAUCAGCAUUACCCCCAGGCGAGUCUUGUCCAUUGAAUUUUUUUACAUACAUCUUAGACGUGAGGAACUGAAGCAAGCGUAUGAAUGGGCGGCUCAUUCAAACACAACCCAACCUCUGCUUGCCAUCACAAUAGGAAAAUACAUGGUUAUGUUUCCUUCUAAUUUCUUCCUUCUGGUGCCAGCAUUUCUGAUUUUUUGUAUCUCUAUCAAAUGAGGAAUUAAUGACUUAUUAUAAAUUGGCUUAUCAUACCUGUGAGCAUUUGUGUGAUAGCCAGAGCCUGUAACUAUAACUUUUCUAAAGCACAAAAGAUGAAAUAUAUUUUGUUUAUGGUUUACCUACCUCCUCUGCAUUCUUAUUGAUCUAUACAGUGUGCUGAAAUUCUGAGUUUGCUUUCCUGUUGAAGUUGUGGGAUGUAGUCUAUGUUGCAAAGCUGUCUAGGAGUUUUAUAGAAUAAUACCCAAAUUUACCGAUCAUGUCUCUCUGCUUUUAUGUUAUUAAUUAGAUUUUCUCCAGAUUCUUGUCAUUUUAAAUGCUUAUGCUUCACAAGAUACCAAUGAACAUCUGCAGGAUGUGAUGUUAUCCAGGGUAGAAAAAGUGGAGAGUCAGAUAUGUCUGUUUUUCUCUGUGCAGUAAGAGAAUGGAGAAUUACAAUAUUAAAAAUGGUUUAACCAAAACGAAAAAAGAGAGGAAGAUAAAAAUCAGAGUUUUAGUUGUGAAGGACCAUUUGGAGGGAUUUUAAGUAGCUGAGCAGAGAACACAGAGGUUUUUGUCCUUGAGUGAAGUUCCCAAAAUAAGGCCUUUUCAGACAUUUUAAAGGUAGUGUUCUGCCAAGCAGCCGUCAUGAGUAAUGGUGGAAGAUGGUGGAGGAAGCAGAGCAAGAGCCAGGCUGUGAGACUCUUAGGGGAGAAACCAGAAGAGGGGGACCUGCUUAUCAACCAGGACCCUCACAGUCUACAUGCUUUCCCACCUCCCACCCCUCCCCAAGUUCUGCUCUCCUUGGUAUUUGAACCUGGAUAUGAAACACUCCCAUUUUCAUAUUCCUCUUUGAUUUCCACUUUGACAUGUACUUCCAAAAUAAAAUUAUUAUCUAGAUCUUCUGUCAUGAUGAGGCAGCAAUAGUAGGAAAUGUCCCCUUGAACCUAAUGCUUUGAAACAUGGUCAUGUAUCAUCUUAUGCCAUAAAGGGCUUUUAUAUUCAUUAUUAUGUAGGGAGAUGUGUUUUCUCCCCUAUGUUCUUAUGUGCACACACCCAGACACACACAUGCACACACUUUACAUUAUUUAUGCCCAUUGAAAAGAGAAAGAUGGCUAUCUGGUGGAGGGUGGCAGAGGGUGCCUUAACGUUUUCUGGCUUGGCUCCAACUUUCUUAGCGAUUUUCUUCAUGUACCCUGGUGACUUUAGAGGUGUACCCACGUCUGUUCCAAGUUGUGUCUUUAUCAUCAGCAAGAAGUCUUAUAAAUGUAGUGAAUGUGACUAUUUUAUAUAAAUGCACAAUAGUACAUAGGCCUUGGAGAUGUCUGAUAACAGUAUGUAAAUAUGCUUCGUGAAGCUAGAACCUUCUCACGGGGACCGCUGCAGGAGGGUGCAUAGAUGAAGAGUGUUUACUCCAGCAGAUUCUGGCAUUCAGAGAAGCGAAGAAUCUAUUUGCUUCUGUUCUCAUCUGUUCCCAACCACCCAUCCCCUGGGCUUUCUUGUUGGUAGAUUAGUGUAGAUAUCCCUCAUAAAUUACAGGAUUCAUGAUUCAGGAUGAUGGAUGGUCACGGGCACAUCAGAGUCAGGAGCACUAGGGGGAAGAUGGAGAAAACAGAGAGGGCUAGCUCUAGUGCUAAGCUUGCCUAAUUUUUAAAAAAUCUGGAAUAUUACUAGAACUCUAGCUACCACACAGCAUAGUUGGUCUGAAAAGCUUUGAAAAAGAAAGCUUUUCUUUGAACUCUAAUUUGAUCAUUGCACACAAUAUAUUAUUCCCCAGGUGUGCAAGCUGUUUUUCAAGAGCAGCUUUGCGGAGACUGGAGGGAAGGGGAAAACAGAAAAAUUCAAAUCUUCUUUUUCAUGUAAUAUAAUCUACCAGUCCUUGAAUGCAAUAAUUAUGCAAAAGGUUUUAGCAUAGAAUAUAAAAUGAAAUAACCUUUGAAGUGUGUGUAGAAAUACUUCCUCCUAAUAAAGCCACAUUCUGCUGUCAGGAGGUUUAGGGAAAAUCAGUGCUUUUCAUUUCUUUUUUUUUUUUCAUGUAAAAUAGAGCGGGUAAGAAAAAAAUCUGUAAUUGGUACUUUUCAUAGUGUGACUGGAAAAAAACCGUACCUAUCUCUGUUGGUUCUGCUGAAUUGUUUCUUUCCACAGAAUCUAAAUGCAAAGUUGUUGGAAGAGGUUUGCUGUAAAAACACGUCUUUUUCUUUAGUGUGUUCAUUGUAGUUAUGGCUGGUAGUGAGAAGGUUCCGUAAGUCUCAAUUUCUCUACCUCCCUUACUUGGAGAAAACUUGGAAAUGUACCCUGUGAAUAAAAUGAUUUUUUUAAAUA